UGGAUACAAAAACUGCAGCCACCCAUUAAAGUCAGCAAAGAGCUAUAAAUGUGGCAAAGCUGUUCAAACACACUUAAACCUCAGAGAGUCCUAAGGAGGAAUUGAGAGAAGAAUUGAGAUCAGUUCCAAAGAAACCCCAUCAAGAUGAUGCUGGGAACAUCAAAACCCUGCAGCUUCCUUUGUCCAGGUGUCUGGAUUUUGACCAUAGUUUUGGCCAGAGCUGCAUAUUCUGCUGAUCCUCCUGGUCCUCCUGGUAUUCCUGGUCCUCCUGGUGUUCCUGGUCCUAAUGGUGUUCCUGGUCCUCCUGGUGUUCCUGGUCCUAAUGGUGUUGCUGGUCCUAAUGGUGUUCCUGGUCCACCUGGUCCACCUGGACCUAGAGGUGAUCCUGGACCACAGGGGACACCAGGUUUGCCAGCGGCUCAAGGAUUGAUGUGUCCUCAUGGAUUGCCAGAAGCUGAUUGUCAACCAGUCCUGAGAGCACCACCCAAAUCUGCAUUUUCUGCAAAAGUGGCCAAAAGCUAUCCAGAACCUAAUCAGCCCAUAGGAUUUCAAAAUAUUCUAUACAACGAGCAGCAAGUCUUUGAUGAGUCAUCUGGCAUAUUCACCUGCCAAAUCCCAGGAGUCUAUUAUUGUACCUACAACCUGAAGGGACACCAGAAUUCACAUAUGAUCCUGGCAAGGAAUGGUAGAGAGGUGAAAGCAUCCGAUCAGAUUACCUCGGAUGCUUAUGAAAACCUGCCGCAAAGUGCAAUCCUUAAAUUAGAGAAAGGAGAUAGGGUGUGGUUGGAUGCAAAAGAGGCUUAUGAUGGGAUAACAGAAGGAAGCUAUGUUUUGUGCUAUCUCAUAUAUGACUCUUAGAUUAUGUAGUACUCUGGAUCCAAAUGGCUUGCUUCAUUGCAUUGUCCUGCAAACAUUUAACUAGAUGGUUUGUUUUGAUUUGCAAGAAGUUCACCUAAUCUAUAAUAGCUACACUUAGGGAUGGGGAAGAAUUCUAAAUGGGAAGCUAGCAAGUAGGACUCAUUGGAGAUCUGAGUAAACAUGCCUAGGAUGCAGUUGGGUUAUGGCUCACCAAUGGCUCAGAGGUAUUGUUUUACAAUUUUCAUAGAAACAUGAAAGCAGAACAUGAAGUGUGCAUGGAUUUCCAUGACGUUUAGUAGAAGCCUACUGCUUCUAUAUUUACAAAUCAAAAGGCUGUGCUUCACAUUGUUUCCACAUCUGCAUAGGUGCAUGCAUGUAAUCAUUUGUUUAAAAUUAAAGGUUGUGUCAUAAAACAACUGACUGCUACGGAAUAUUUAUAAGGGGAAACUAAGUGCUUUAUAUAGGUUUUGGUUUUUUUUAAAAUAUAAACGGAAAGGACAGUCAGGGAUAGAGGAAUGGAGGAGCAGAUGGGCAGGGAUGGGAAUUAAUGUGUUUAUUUGGACAAUGUAUAAAUAUUGGGGGCAAUCACAGCCUUUCUGUGCUAACAGCACAGUGGAGGUGCAGGUGGAAGUGUAGAGAUGACACUAUGGAUUCAUGGAUAAGUACUGUUGCAUAUAAGUCCAGGCAAUGGGGUUGUAACAAUCUCUUUAUUCACAGCAGACAAGUAAAAGACAAAAGACCAACUCCCAGCCUACUGCUAUAUAUAUGUAGCCAACUGGGCCAGCCUACAAACUCCAGGUGAAACUAAUUAAACUAACUAAAACAGUCA